UCGCACGCCGGCGACUCGUUGUUAUUAUUACAAGAACAAAAAAUCAUUACACGGAGGUGUAGAGAGAGAGAGAGAGACAAUGGCGGUUCCGAGGGGAGACAAUGGUUUGAUGGAAGAAGACGAAGUCGACGCUCUUAUCGAGGAAAACGGUGUUGACUACGAAAGCGAUCCCGAGCUUUCCUCUAACCUCCGCGACUUAGCCUCCGCAGCUCAGUCUGGUGACGUCAUCGCCUUGCGCAACGCCAUUGACAGGUUGAAUGGGAGAGUUGAUGAGCCACUUGAGGAUAAUGACACGGCACUUCACCUAGCGUGUCUAUAUGGUCAUCUCCCUUGUGUUCAGCUUCUCUUGGAAAGAGGUGCUAAUAUGGAGGUCAAAGAUGAAGAUGAAGCUAUUCCUCUACACGAUGCUUGUGCUGGAGGAUACUUAGAGAUUGUAGAGCUUCUUUUUAGCCGAGCUAGUGGUCCCGAAUGUGUGAAGAGGAUGAUUGAAACUAUCGAUGUAGAAGGUGACACUCCUCUCCAUCAUGCAGCGAGAGGUGAGCAUGUCAACGUGAUACGGCUUUUGCUGAGUUCAGGAGCUUCACCUACAAUCAAAAACUCGUAUGGGAAGACACCAGGUGAGUUAGCUGAUGUAAACACUGAUGCUAGGAGGAUCCUCGAAGCUGCUGCGAUCAGCGGCUCACUUGGCUCCUAAAUGUUUCUGCAAAAAUCUUUGGCCAGUUUUGGCGAGUCAGUGAAGUUAAAGGGAAUAUUUUUCAUAGUUUUUAACUUAUUUUGGACUGUUUUUAUACAAAAGAUUAUAAUCUGAUCCUAAGAAUUUUAGAAUGUUGUGUCGGAUAUAAAAUUUGUUUCAGAUUUAAUAGAUUCUCGUUAAGCCUU